AAAAUUUUUAUUUUUUAUUUUCUAGUUUUUCCGGUAAAGAAAAAGAAGACGGCCCUAUUUCUCAUGGCAGCAGCUUUUCAAUUCAAACACAAACUCCAAUACAGCGUGAACAAGGAAGAAUCUGUUAAACCUAAUAAUAGUAAUAGUAAUAAUAAUAAUAAUAACAAAUCAUCAAAUUGAAAUUUUGAAAUUUGAAAUUGAAAUCCACUGACAUUAAUCGAUGGGGAAGAGGAAAGAGCGCCGUCGCCUCGCAGCUCUUAGCAACGCUGGCCGUCGCGUCAAGCUCGAUCUCUUCGCGGAACCCUCUGGAGAUUUGGGUGGCUCCUCUGUGAAUGGCGACGUUGGAGGGGACAUGUAUCCGACAAAUCGUGCUGGAUUACCCACUUCACCAUCAUCUUCAGGUGGGUUCCGUCAGUUCUCUUCAAAAGGAUUAUGUAGAGAGGGCAUGAGUUUUGGUGGCAUGUUAUGUUGUUUGCCUCCAAGUAUUUGUUUUCAGAUUUUAGAUUGGCUGUGGUCAUGGGAAUAUACAGAUCAGACCAGGUCGGGCCCUGCCACAGUGAAUUUUUGAAUGACUUCCGCUCUCUAAUCCGCUAUUUGACAACAUCAAAGCAUUCUGGAGAUUUCAUCUGGAAUAUUUUUCUAUCGGUGAACCGCAGAAUCCUCUUAUGUUACUUGGGCAAUAUAGUGAUGAUGAGUUGGAUGAGGAAUCAAAUGGAAGGUCAGACCAUGUUGUUGCAGAAAAUCCCCCUUCAGACCCUAUUGAUCAGGAGGAACCACCAAAUGAAAUAAAAGAGGUAGAUGCCAAUACAGUUGGAGAUGCUGCUCCCAAGACUGAACAACAGGGAAUGGAGAGAGAUUCUACUCCAGUUAGUGUUUCUCAGAGUGUGGUAGGCAGUGAAUCUGAAGAAAGUGAUGCUGCUGCAUCUGCUGAUAAAUACAAAGAAAUUGAUUCUACAAAGAAAAUUUCUGUUGCUGAAACUCCUGAUACACAAGUAAUUGGAGAUGUGAGUUUAGGAUGGAGGAUAGUUAUGCAUGAGGAGAGUAAUCAAUAUUAUUACUGGAAUACUGAAACUGGGGAAACUUCAUGGGAAGUACCUGAUGUUUUGGCUCAGACAACUCUACCAAUCUCUGACCAGAGAGUUAAUUUCACAGAAAGUGCAGAAAAUACUGUUGUGAAUAAUAAUGAAUCAUUAGGCGUCGAAUUGGAUAAUUCUUCUGCCACACUUACUAUAGCUGGCGCAACUGGUGUCAAUUUGAUGCAUCAAAGCCAAGAAGUGCACGGAAAUGGGCCCCCAACUGAUGAAGGGAUUGAAGGAUGUAAAAAUGAAUCCUUGGAAGACAAAAAUUCAGUUGAUGUCCACCAAAAUGAAUCACAGAGUAACCAUAGUGUAGUUGGUGAGGUAAGCGACAAUGAAGUUGAGAAAGGGAAGGAUCUUUCAACUAAUCUCAUAAGACAAUGCGAAUGUUUGAUGGAGAGACUUAAGUCAUUGAAAGGAUAUGGGAGUCGCCUGCAAUGUCAUGAACGGAUGUCCAAGUAUAUUUUAGAAGUAGAUAUCAGACUUUCCGAUAUUAAGUCACUUGUUUCUCAUGGUUCAUCUUUGCUUCCAUUUUGGAUCCAUUCUCAGAAGCAGCUUAAACAAUUAGAAGAUGUCAUUAACAAUGAAAUUUACCACCUUGCUGUGUCUGCGCAAACGGAGGAUGAUGAUGAUGAUGUUGGGAAAACCACUGGUACUUCUUGCAAAGAGAAGGAAAUAUCUCAGGGAGGUGUGGGACAGGAUUCUGACACAGAUGUACAUGAGAACAGCCAGAAAUCUGAAUUUACAGAAGUUGCUACAAAUAUUGAGAAUGAUUCACGCAAUGAUCCUCAUAAAAUUAUAUACACCGAACAUAUCCCUUAUGAACAUUUGGAAAGUGUUGCUUUGGGUAGUGAAAAAGAGAAUGGAAUAAUUGCACUUGCAGAGCCUGUGUUCCACCCUGGGGAAGAUGUUGACAUGGAUGUUGACAUGGAAGUUGAAGAUGGAGUUCCAUCAAGUAUCACAGUUUCAAGAGAUGCUUCAAUCAUCGAGGCUGUUGCUCCAGCCAAGCAAUUGAGUCGGCCAAAUACACCUGCAGUGUACCCUACUGUGGCACUUGGAGAGGAGUCAACUGUUCCACUUCCCCCAGAAGAGGACUGGAUUCCACCGCCACCUCCUGAUAGUUAUCAAGUUCCUCCACCCCCUCCUGACAAUGAUCUAGUUCCUCCACCUCCACCCGAUGCUCCUCCUGAGUCAUUAAAUCCUCCACUUCCACCUUAUUCUGAGACAAGUCAACCUCUGCCUUACCCACAACAGUACUUGUCCUAUCCAGAUUCUAAUUUCCAGUAUCAUGGACACGAUGUUACUAUCCCAAGCACUAAUUUUUAUGGACAUGUGGAUGGAAGUCAAGUUGGUCUGCCCCAUGCAUCACUUUAUUAUGAAGCAGUUACCAACACUUAUGCUGAAACUGCACCAAUCAUAGUGAGCUCUGUUGAGCAAGUAGCAUAUUAUAAUCUUCAAGAUGGGUCAAUGCCUUCUAUGCCUGUCGUCAGUGGUGUAGAAUCUUCUGCUUUACAAACUGCUGGUCCUGUAAAUUAUGAUACUUUUGCUUCUGAUCAAGUUGGAAGUGUUAACGAUGCUGCAGGGACAGUGUCAAAUUUGAAAUUUGAUGUUUCAGCAGUUACUGGUGAGACAGUCACGAGAUCGGUUGGGUUGGCUUCUACUUCAGUCAUCACUGAAACCCCUGAAACAUUUGAUGGGAAAGAUAACAUUUCAGCACCUUCAACCAAUAUUGCUACAGCAGCUGUACCUGCCACAACAACAGUUGCUAAGGGUCAAGCUAAAGUUACACGAAGUAAAAAGCGGGCAGUUGCUGUUGCACCUUCACUGAGGUCUAAUAAGAAAGUUUCAAGUUUGGUGGACAAGUGGAAAGCGGCCAAAGAAGAGUUGAAUGAGAACGAGGAAGAUGAACCUGAAAAUGCUUAUGAAAUAUUAGAGAGAAAACGACAAAGGGAAAUUGAGGAAUGGCAUGCUAAACAAAUUGCCAGUGGAGAGGCCAAGGAUAAUGCCAAUUUUCAGCCCUUAGGCGGUGAUUGGCGUGAGCGAGUUAAACGCAGAAGAGCUCAAGCAGCCAAGGAAGCUGCACGCACACCAUCCCCUGUUGAGGAAAACAAGCAACCUGAUUUAGCAGAGCUUUCAAAGGGACUUCCAUCUGGUUGGCAGGCUUAUUGGGAUGAAGCAUCAAAGCAGGUCUACUAUGGAAAUGCUAUUACGUCAGAGACAACGUGGAGCAAGCCAACAAAAUGAACCAUCAUUUAAUUUAGAUAGAAGCAAUCACAUGAAAGGGCUCCUUGCCCUGGUGCAAUGACACGGUGUCUCCUUUGUGACCUGAACGUCAUGGGUUUCAAUUGCAGAAGCAGCCUUUCUGGAAAAAUGGUUGGAAAAUUCAAAUGCAGAACGGAAAGCUGUGUCAAAAGAGGAUCCUGGCCGCACCCUCAAGAAAGCCGAGCAUCAUGCAUCCACAAAAUCCCUUUUCUAGUCUCAUUUGUAAAUGAUUUACGUUUUUGGUGUAAUAAUGAAAGGUUUUCUGGAAAUAUUUGAAUCUUUCAGGAAAGAUUUACAUAUUGGGUGCAAGGUCGCCUAUUUUUGUUUUCUUUGUUUGGUUUUAAAGAAAUGUUUACUUGAUAGAUCUCUAUUAUAAUCAGAGUUUAUCAA